AUGCCGAAUCUGCUCAUCACCAGCAUCUUGAGCUACUUUUUUCGCAACUAUCUCAUCAACGUCAGCCUUUUGUAUGAGAGUAAGCCCAAUUAUGUCGAAGUCUACACAUAUUUUCCUUUCAUGGAUAGAAGUACGUGUAAGGCGAACAACGUGCGUUUAAUUAAUGCGUACAAUGGCACGUGGGCUAAGCCAUUGGCGACGAACAUCUUUCCCAACAAGCUCACCGAUUUUCAGAAUUGCUCGCUCACAGUGGCUGUCUGGGAUUCGCCGCCGUAUUUAAGUUACUACCCCAAUCGAAGUGGCUUUGCGCAGUUGGGUUCUUUCGAAGGCGAUAUGCUUGUCGAAUUAGCGAAGAAGCUCAACUUCAGCAUGGAGCUGGUGGAGCCAGCGAACGAUGAGCAACGCGGUCGCUACUUGGAGAAUGGCAGCCUAACUGGCGCUUUGCAAUUGCUGCACGAUCAUAUGGCGGACUUAAGUUUGGGUUGUUUCCGUUACACUGUAGAACGCUGCGCGCUGCUCACUGGUGCACUGCCGUACUAUCAGACCUGGCAAAUAUUUGGUGCCCAGUUGACUGGUCAAACCUACUCAUCCCUGGAAAUAUUCACGUUCCCCUUCGACGCUGGGACUUGGUUUGGACUCUUAUUCAGUUUGCAAUUAAUCCUGCUUCUAGCCUAUAUUGUAUACCAUCGCAGCAAGGAUUCAGCGCUUGCCCACAUUAUGAUUGGUUAUCCGAGACCACGGUCCCCCUUAAUCAACGCAUACAGCUUGUUUCUCGGUAUUGCCGUGCAACGAACUCCACGCACAAACUUCGCACGUUUCGUACUGAUUAUGUGGAUCAUUUAUGGUUAUGUGAUGCGCAGUGCCUAUCAGAGCUUUCUCUAUCAACUACUACAAACUGAUCUCUACCGUACACCGCCACAAACUGUCUUCGAACUCAUCAAAGCCGGUUACUCGCUGGUAAUGACCCCGUCUACACUGCGCACGGUGAAUGUGGCCCCCCUGAUACGUAGCGGUCGCAUACCAAUUAUAUUAAACAACAGCUCAUAUGAAUGGAAGACUUACGAAAUGGUGGAGCAAAUAGGUGGAAAGUUGGCUGGCGUUUCGCCAAAAGACUAUCUCACUUACUACGUGAUGUCGAAGGGUGAACGCGGUGCUUUCUAUGUGCUGCCCGACCGAUUCUUUGCUCACCACAUCACCAUAUACUUCCCGAAGCAUAGCUACUUGAUUGAUCGGUUCAAUUUCUUACUCAUGCAACUGCGUAGCGAAGGUCUGAUCGAUUACUGGGCUGAGAAGUAUCUAGACGUGAGUUACUUUGAUCCAGUUGCGGCCGUGGACAACGAUGCGCUGGACUUAGACGACCUGGGUGGAUUGUUUUUGAUGUACCUGGCGUUGGUUGCCUUGGCGACGCUGGUAUUUCUUGCGGAAUUGCUGUGGGGCAGAUGGGGAUGGACAAUGUGA